AUGAGAGCAGUGCUCAAGAAACAGGCGCUUACCGUGCAGGCGGCGCUUCGGGAGACGCUUGACGCGUACUUUGCCACGACCAGCUUUAACUUUGUCAACCAGGGGUCGGUGGCUGCGUUGAAGCAGGCCAUGGAGGCUGUUUACCUUAGGUCAAGGCCUUUGGUGAGUAUUGACGUGGAGGCGUUUGAAAAGAGCCCGUCUAAGGUUACCGAGGUGGGGGUUGCCAUUUACGAUCCAGCACAGCAGCACUUGCUGAUCCAGCCGACUAUAAAGACGAUGCACAUCAUCAUCUUGGAGAAUAAGCUGCUUUUGAACUCCCAGUUUGUGCCCAACAACAAGUACGCGUUUAAUGGCGGCAGCUCGUAUGAGAUCUCGAUGGAACAGCUGCGUGUGUUUCUUUCGGAGCUUUUUAACCAUUACCUUGUGGAUUGCUGUGGAAGUUUGGUGGGGCACAAUGUGGAUGGUGAUAUAUCGUGGAUUCGAGGCAUGGGCGUGAAUUUGAAGAAAACGACUGUCGUGGACACUCUGAAGAUCUUUGGGUACUCUAGAUCUAGGGGCGGCACGCUUCGUGGCAUUCUUAGAACCCUAGGAAUCCCACAUGCCAAUUUGCACAAUGCUGCUAACGACGCCUACUACACGCUUCUAGCUUCGUUUGCGCUCUGUGAUCCAGCACAACGGAAGCUGUUCAAUCUAGAUACCCAUAUGAAGCUCUGGCCGAAUCGCCUUCCCAAGAAACAGCAGAAUAUCGAUAAACGGAGGGAGAAGUUCCUGGACAGGGCAUUGGUGAACCUGGUUGCGCCGUUAUUUGAGGAGUUCAUCACCGCAGCACUGGCGUAUAACUCUGACGUACAACAGAGAAGUACGCCGUAUGAUAGAGUGGCCGAGGAGCUUGAGAAGAAGGCAGCAGCUGCUGCCAGGGAAGCUGAGAAGAAUGGGAACUUAAGCGGCACAGCUAAUGGUACCGCCAACGGCACCGCCAAAGGUUCUGCUUCAAAGAGCGAUUCUUCUUCGAAGAGCGAUUCUGAGUCUACCAAAAGCGAUUCAAAGGUAGACUGCAAGUUCAAGUUCGGUGCUCAUGUUUCUGUGGCUGGAGGCGUUUCCAAGGCAGUGACCAAUGCUAUGAACAUUGGAGCCAAUUCGUUUGCUCUUUUCUUGAAAAACCCUAAUCGUUGGGCUGCUCCUGAUGUCAAGGAACUGGAGGUUGCUGAGUUCAAGAACCUCUGCGCCAAGUACGGCUACAACCCACGAACAGACGUGUUGCCACAUGGAUCGUACCUUAUAAACAUGGCUAAUCCAGAUGACGAGAAGUCAGAGAAGGCGUACUCGUCGUUUGUGGACGAUUUGAAGAGAUGUGAGCAGCUUGACAUUGGGCUCUAUAACUUCCAUCCUGGCUCGAGCUUGGACGGUGACCAUAAAGCUGCGUUGAAGAAACUAGCUCAGAAUAUUAAUAGAGCCAUUGCAGAGACGCUGUUUGUUAAGAUUGUCAUUGAGAACAUGGCUGGACAUGGUAAUUUGAUUGGGUCUAGUCUUCAGGACAUUAGGGAUGUCAUUGACUUGGUGGAGGAUAAGUCCAGAGUGGGUGUUUGUGUCGAUACGUGUCAUUCUUUUGCUGCUGGUUACGAUAUCAGCGACGAAGCCAAGUUUAAGGAGUUCUGGGAGUCGUACGAUAAGAUUAUUGGGUUCGAGUUUUUGAGCGCUAUACAUUUGAACGACUCCAAGGCUCCGCUUGGCGCCAAUAGAGACUUGCAUCAGAAAUUGGGCUACGGAUUUUUGGGCCUUGAGGCUUUCAGGGUUAUUGCCAACGAGCCAAAGAUACAGGGUCUCCCUAUUAUCUUGGAGACCCCGGUGGGUAAAGACGAUUCCGUGUAUGGAGAGGAAAUCAAGCUUUUGGAGUGGUUACAGGAUAGAAAACCUACAGAUGAGGAGUUUAUAAAGAAGCUGGAGGAGCUCAAUAAACUUGGGGCUAAGGAGAGAGCCGAACAGUUAAAGAAGUUUGAGGUUAAGACCGCUAAAAAGAAGAGAGCAGCUGACAAGGACAUUUCUCUGCUUUUGAGUAAAAAGAAGCUCAAGAAGGAGGAUAAGGUUGAGGAGACGACGGCCGUGGAGAGUGCUGAUAUCAAGGUUGAAGAGGUUAAGAAGGAGGAGAAGGAGUAA